GGCGCAGCAGUAGUUAUCUUCUUUACGCCUGCCUGUAUGAGGAUACUGCCUUACUGGUACAUGAAACCUCAGUUCGUGAGAAGUAAUAUCCCAGAUAUCUGCGGGGCUGCAUAGUUUCCUUGGGAAGGAACUCAAUGGAACCUAACGACAAGAGCCGGGUGCUGGAGGCUACUGCGAUUCUCCCUGCCAUUCACCUGCAGAAUCUGUCUGAACUAGAGAGGUUCCGGCUGCAGGAGAUUGCACUUUUCACUCUUCAGCAGCUAGGACUCUGCGCUGACAUCAAGCCUGGUUAUCAAAACUCAAAGAAAGUUGUGAAGCGCAAGCAGGACCGAAAAGGUACUUCACAUGGAUUAUUUGGGGUUACUCUGUCAGAUGUCAUUAACCAGGAUCGGGUAGAAAGACAGCGAAUUCUUCCUGUUCGAAAUAGAAGAGCAUGUGCUGAAGUUGAGAGCAGUGUCAUGAGUUUUCGGGUACAAACACAACAUUCAUCUAACCGAGGAAUGUUAAUGGACCUUCCUUUAUCAUCUAUUUUCAGAGAUGGAGCAACACAGAUAAGAAGAAGGGGUGCACUCUCAGUUAACUCCAUUGCAGAGCUCGAUGAUGGAGAUGAUCGUCUUCUUGAAGCACUACAGUUGUCACAUCCUGCAGAACUGAGUCCCCAGCAGGAAAACCACAAUCAUUGCCUAAGUUUGAAUCCAAUUUACAAACAAGUGCCACGGAUUGUAGAGAGAUGUUGCUCUCACAUUGAGAAGUAUGGGCUUCAGACAGUUGGCAUUUUUCGUAUUGGAAGUUCAAAGAAAAGAGUUAACCAGCUGCAAGAAGACUUUGCCAUUUCUGGAGACAUGCUUCUUGGGGAAGAUACCUGUGUCCAUGAUGUUUCAGCUGUGCUCAAGGCAUUUCUGAGAGACCUAAAGGAUCCUCUUCUACCACAAGAGCUGUACAAAGCAUUUAUACACACUGCUGAUAUGACUCCUGAAGAACGAUUCCAUAUCCUGCAGCUCCUGAUAUGCACUCUGCCCCCAUGCAAUGCUGACACAUUGCUUCGGAUCUUACAGCUUCUAAAAAAGGUUUCUCUUUAUGAAAAAGACACCAUUGACCACACAGGAGAACAGACCUCUGGAAAUAAAAUGUCUGUUGCUAACCUUGCAACCAUAUUUGGCCCAAACUUGCUGCAGAGCGAGAAAAGUUUGGAGAAUGAAAGGCAAAGCUUCCAGGAUAGUGCAGCUCAGAUCCAAGUGACAGAUACACUGAUCCAGUAUUACCAAGAAUUAUACAUGAUACCUUCUCAAAUGCAUGUUGAUAUUAUAAUGAGUUUGCUGAAGACUGACCCAGAAGUUGUAGACUAUUUAUUACGUCAAAAAUCUGCAGGCACUCACAAGAAGUUUGGUAUCGGUGAACAGGAUAGCCAGCAGUGGAGAAUGAGUGUUAUAACUUCUUUGGUUCCUCAUAGUCCCAGUUCAACUUUAAUGCAACUGCUGAGUACUGGAGGAAGAACAGGAUUUUUCGACUCACCGCUGUGUAAACGCCGCCCAUCACGCUCUCAGGAGGAUCUGACUGUGUUUCCAGCUGUUACAACUCAUAAAGGCUUUCUUCCAGCACUGCCAUGAUUCUUAACAAUAUUUACUCGAAGAUCAUCAUGUCCUGCAUCAUAACACAACUUCUAUUGUCAAUAAUACCUGCUGUUUGGUACUAAGCUCAAACAAUGAUGCCUUAUGCACAAAAAUGUGUAGAAGUUGACCUGCAAUACGUUGUGUAAAAUUGAACCGUAUUACUAAUGACAUUGUGGACAAUAUAGUUUGAUGUAGAAUUCCAGUUAAAACGAUGCUCUGACAUACAAUAGCAUGCAAUGGAGCAUUCAAAUUCUACAUUUAAAGGGUACUCAGGUGGAAAGCAUUUAUAUAUAUUUUUUAAAUCAACUGGAUCCAGAAAGCUAAACAGAUUUGUAAAUUACUUUGAUUAAAAAAAUCUUAAUCCUUCCAAUACUUAUCAUCUGCUGUAUCCUCUACAGGAAGUUCUUUUCUUUUUGAAUUUCUUUUGUCUGACCACAGUGCUCUCUGCUGACACCCCUGUCCAUGUCAGGAACUGUUCAGAGCAGGAGCAAAACCUCAUAGCAAACCUCUCCUGCUCUGGACAGUUCCUGACACGGACUGUGUUCCUGGCACCAGUUGAUUUAUAAAAAAAAAAAAAAUUCCACCGGAGUACCCCUUUAAAAAAAAUGUUUUUAUGAAUUUUGUACAACCCUAUUAGAAUGCGUGGUGGCUGUAACCUGGAUCCAUACAAUACAGAUACUGGGUACUUUUAUGUACAUGAGGCCUAAAAAAAAAUUGCCAUUCCAUUUUUAUUUUAUUUUUUGCCCGAAAAUAUAAGAUUAUAAACUUUAGUAACCUAUUUUAUUUUUGGAUUUGUUUCUCUGUUCUUUAUUGUUUUUAAUGAAUAAUAACAUAUUUUAAAAUAACAUUCCCUGUGUUAUUAUUCUUUUUAACUACACAAUCACAAAUAUAGAUUUUAUAAAAGGGGAUUGCUUUACUACAUAAUCCACAAAUUAAAACUCAGAUUCCUGCCAACCUGCCUCUGGAAGUGAUAAGAAAUAUGCGUCAGGGCCAUUAUUAAUUAAUUGGGUUUCCAUGGUUAAAGGGGUUGGCCACCUUUUAACAAUUUGUCAGACUAGUAAUGAGGUUAAUUACUCACUUACUGAUAAUGAGACCCUUUACUGCAGGACCAUUCUAUAUAAUGAUAAAGGUCCACCCCAGUCCCGAUUUUCCCUCUCUAUGUGUUGCCAACAGCUUUUCCAUCCAUACAUGGCUGUCUAUGGAGGAGCACUGUAAGAGACAUGUCACUCUGCCUUCUCCAAUUCAGUAUACUGUGCUUAAGCAAGGAGUACAGGUGCAUUGGAGGUGGCAGAGUGAUGUGUAUCAUCCUGUACUCCUCCAUGGGCAGCCAUGUAUGGACAGAGAAACUCUCGACAGCACAUACAGAUGGAGGAUCGGGACAGGGGUGGACCUGCAUAGGCAGUCAUGUAUGGACAAAGGAACAAAAAAUUGAAAAGCACACCCAAAAGAACUGUUAUAAAUAUGCAGGUGCAUGCUGUCAUGGCUAUAAUACAAAUGCCAACACAAAUAUUGCUGCAGCACAAUGAAUGAUAUACUGUAUGUAUAAUGUAAAUCAUCCUAAAUUACAAUACUGCUAUAGAAAGAAUUGAGGUUCUCAGCAUGCCAUUAGCUGUUUCUUCUAUAGCAUUACUGCAGUUUAAAGUUAUAUUACAUUACACAUCUUAGUGCUUGAAUUGUGAAAUGUUUGUGUUUGCAUUUGUCUUUCAGCCAUGGUAGCGUGCACCAGCAUAUUUAUAACAGUUCUUUAGGAUAUGCUGACCAUUAUUUUUUGUAUUGUAUGUGUCAGUCUCCAUUUUGGUCAUGCACUCCACCCAUCCCCUGGAUAGUUUUAAGCAGGAAAUAACUGGAUGCUGUAUGUCCAGAAUUUGCAGGCUUAGGCUAGCUCAGAGGAGGUAUAUCUGCUGGUGCGUCACACUGAGGUCACCAUAUGGUAGUUGAAUGGUACACACUAUUUGAGCAGAGGGUAUGCUAAGAACCUUUUUUUUGCAAUUUAAAAUGAUUUACAUUAUAAAUGGAUCUUAGCACUUGCCAUUUUCUGAUGCCAUUUAUGGAUAGAGGAGCCAUUGACUGCACAGAGGGAUGGGGACAGAACUCCAUUAUUAUAGAGAAUGAAGCCGUGGUGAAGAGUCUCAUAAUGAUUAUAGUCUGGUAAUAAAUUGUUAAAAGGUGGCCAACCCCCUUUAUGCAUGUGCACACAAACUUACAAUGCAAUUGGAAAGUUUUCAGGUCCUUUAACCUUUUGUUUAUUUUAUGUUGUGGCCUUGUGCUAAAAUAAAAAUAUAUUUUUUCCUAUUAUUCUUUACUCAAUACCCCAUAAUGAGAAUGUGAAAAUAUAUUUUAAAUAUAUUUUUUAUAAUAAAAGUGAUUAGUGUUGGGACCCCCGCCAGUAAUGUCCUCUGUCUCCUUUGAUCUUUGUAUUGAGCCUCUGGCUUCGCUGAUCCGGGGGACUUAAACAUUUUUAGUGUCCUGGUGCAACACAGGGAAAUCAAAAUCUGUUUAUUUGAUAUGCCUUGCUCCUUUUAUUUGAGCUGUAAUGUGUUUAGGUACGGUAACUGAUGCUCUU